UAAAUUUAUAAUGAAAUGUAAUGCUAAUCGAUUUUAAGUGGUGGCGGAUUAUAUUAUUGUUCGAUAAAGGUUGGUAAAUGGAUUGAAUUGAGUGAUGGAUUCUGGAAUCAAUCUCAAAUAACUUAUUGUGGUGAUUAUAAAUAAGGUAAAAAAGUUGGUAAGUGGGAUAUUUAUUGGAAAUAAGGUGAAAGCAAUAAUUAAAUGUAUAUAUUUAUAAAUUAAUACAUAAAAAUUUAAGUGGAGGGGGAUCUUAUGAUGAUUUGGUUGAAGGUAUUUCAGUAAAAAUUGGCAAAUGGAUUGAAUUAAGUGAUAGUUUUUAUAGUAAGGCGUAAGUUAUUUUUUCUGGUGAUUAUAAUAAUGGUCUAAAAAUCGGUAAAUGGGAUAUUAGUUGGAAAUAAGAUGGAUAGAAUAAAUGUACAUAUAUGUAAUAUGUCAUUAUAAUAAAUAUCUAAUUUAUUAAAUAGUGGUGGUGGAUAAUAUGAGAAAAUAAAAGAGAUUUCAGUUAAGGUUGGUAAAUGGAUUGAAUUGAGUGAUUGUUUUUGGAAUCAAUCUCAGAUAACUUAUUGUGGUGAUUAUAAAAAUAAUGGUUAAAAGGUGGGUAGAUGGGAUACUUAUUGGAAAUUUGGCGAAAGCAACAAUAAGAUGUAUAAUUAAAUAUUAUAUAAACAAAAUUUAGUGGAGGUGGAUAAUAUGAUGAUUUGGUUGAUGGAAUUACAGUUAAAAUUGGAAAUUGGAUUGAAUUAAGAGAUGGAUUUUAGUUAAAUCAAUAAGUUAUUUUUAAUGGGGAUUAUAAUUAUGGUAGAAAGAUUGGUAAAUGGGAUAUUUAUUGGAAAUAAGUUCUUUAAAGUUUUAAGAUGUAAAAUGUUUUGAAAUAUUAAAUAACUUAAAUUAUAGAGGAGGUGGAUCGUAUGAAGCUUAGUUGAAUUAAAGCUCAAUAAAGAUCGGGUAAUGGACUGAAUUGAGUAAUAAUUAUUCUUUAGAUUCGUAAAUCUAUAAUUGUGGAGUGUAUAAAAAAGGUAUAAAAAUUGGUAAAUGGGAGAUUCACUAAUAAUUAAAACUAAUGUAAGAUAAUAUUUAAUUUAUAUAAAAUUCAAACAUAGUGGGGGUGGAUCAUAUAUUGAUGGUAUUAAGACUGGAGAAUGGAUAGAGUUAUGUGAUGGAUUUUACAAGAGCGACUAUGGUUCAAAUGAAAUAACUUUUAAUGGAAAAUAUAAAAAUGGUCAAAAAAUUGGCAAAUGGACAUAAAUUAAAUUCAAAAAUAUACAUUUGAGCACUUAUUAUUAUAAUUGAAC